AUGGCUGCCGUGUGGGCACCAGUCGUCGGCCACCUGCUCCUGCUUGCGCUCCUGCCGUUGACCUCCUCCUCCCACAUGGUGUUCGACCUCGGCGGCCAUGUCUACCGCACUGGCGAGUUCCACGUCACCCUGCUCAUCGGAGACCCAGCGAAGCCGUACUUCCUGCACGUCGACACCGCCAGCAACCUCACUUCUUUAGAUUGCAACAAAGGCAGCAAGGUGCCACACCCAGUGUACCGACCAGCACCUAACAAGCUUGUUCCUCGCAAGCAUCUUCUCUGCAAUGCAAUUCACCAGGACGUCGGCGAACCCGAGAAGCCCCAUAAAACAGUAUGCAACUACGAAAUACAUUACCUAGAUGGAUCAUGGUCUCAUGGUGUGCUCAUCCACGACAAGUUCACUUUCCCUUCAGGCAGCACCAAACCUGACAUCGCCUUCGGGGUGGUAGCCACGAGACGGUAA